AGUUGCUGAGUAGGUCCACAGCUUCUGCUAUUAAUUAAGCCUCUCCCUCUCUUUGGCCACUGUUAUAUUGUCACUAAGUCAGAUUAAAAAGAGCUGAGUAACUUGACAGAGCUCAGAGAUCUUCAUGGGAAAUUGCUGGGCUAAACAAAUCAAGGCGGAGAGCCCCGCCGAUGCAGCCUUCAGUUCCGGUGACUUAAAACAUGGCACUAGGAAAGCUAAUGUGUCGAGCAGUUCCAGCAGCAGGAUCAUCUCUGCUUCCUCUUUGUCUCGGACCGAGGGCGAGAUCUUGUCGUCUUCGAACCUGAAGAGCUUCAGCUUCAAUGAUCUCAGAACCGCAACGAGGAACUUCCGGCCGGACAGUGUUCUCGGAGAGGGAGGCUUUGGCUCUGUGUUCAAGGGUUGGAUUGAUGAGAACACGCUUGCAGCAGCCAAGCCUGGGACUGGAAUGGUCAUUGCCGUGAAGAAACUGAACCAGGAAGGGUUUCAGGGUCACAGGGAGUGGUUGGCUGAGAUUAAUUUCUUGGGUCAGCUGUCGCACCCAAACCUCGUAAAGCUUAUCGGAUACUGCCUGGAGGAUGAACAAAGGCUUCUGGUGUAUGAGUUUAUGCCGAGAGGCAGCUUGGAGAAUCAUUUUUUCCGGAGGAGUUCAUACUAUCAGCCACUCUCAUGGAAUCUUCGCAUGAAGGUCGCUCUUGGAGCUGCAAAAGGACUUGCUUUUCUGCAUAGUGACAAAGGCAAGGCGGAAGUCAUUUACCGCGAUUUUAAAACCUCCAAUGUGCUUCUUGAUUCGAAGUACAACGCAAAGCUUUCUGAUUUUGGAUUGGCGAAAGAUGGUCCGACCGGGGACAAAAGCCAUGUAUCUACGAGGGUGAUGGGUACAUAUGGUUAUGCUGCGCCGGAGUAUCUAGCAACUGGUCACUUGACUUCUAGGAGCGAUGUGUUUAGCUUCGGAGUUGUUCUUCUCGAAAUGCUGACGGGACGGCGUGCAAUCGACAAGAACCGGCCGGCAGGACAACACUAUUUGGUAGAGUGGGCGAAGCCUUUGCUUGCGAGCAAGCGAAGUACUAUGAACAUCUUGGAUCCCAAAUUGGAAGGGCAGUACUCGCCGUCAGGAGCUCGGAAAACGGCACUUCUUGCGCUCCAGUGCCUAUCCAUGGAAGCAAAGCAAAGGCCAACGAUGGAUCAAGUUGUCACUGCUUUAGAGCAGUUUCAGGAUGCUAAAGACAUAGGGAGGAGUCCUAAAACCAAACAGAAGUUGAGCAGCUAUAGAGGAAGCACAAAAAUGCCUCACGGGAAGUGAAAAGAUGGAACUCAUACAGUGUUUUACAUUUAGCAACUUACGAGUGUGUUGUGUGUUGUACAUUGUGUUGUUGUUGUUCAUCCCUUUCUGUUCUAGAAUGGAUUCAUUCUAAGAAUUUUAGUGUGUAUAUUUAUUAUUUUUCAUUCUCAA